UUCGUCCAACAACCAGUAAACCCCCAUAAAUGUGCAAGUAUAAAACCCCAAGAGAAACUCUGUCCAAAAACCUUCAUAUUCUACCCAGAGAUCGACGACGGGCUAGCUUUGUCUAAGCUCGUAACAGAGAGUUGGAGAGGGGGGGGGGGCACGAACCGAUCGGCAGUAGAUCAGUUUAAUCAGAAUGGUUUACAUCACAUCAUGGGACGAUUUUGUAGAAAAAUCUGUUCAAUUGUUUCGCGCCGAUCCCGAGAAAACUCGUUAUGGGAUGAAAUACAGGCACUGCGAUGGUAAAUUGGUUCUCAAAGUAACUGACGAUAGAGAGUGUAUCAAGUUUAAGACGGAUCAAGCUCAGGAUGCUAAAAAGAUGGAAAAACUGAAUAACAUAUUCUUCACUCUGAUGGCUCGUGGACCUGAAGCGGAUAUAUCAGAAGUAAGUGGGAAAGAUCAAGUAGAAGCACAACCUGCCAAAAAGGGCAGGGGAAGGAAACAAUAGUGUUGCUGCUUCAUGAUUUGUAUGGAUUUUGGACAAAAUCACAAUUGUCUAGGGAAUGAUUUAAAACUAAUGUUGCUUUUAACCCAUUUGAUUCUGGUAGAAAAGUUUUUUUGCUCAACUUCUAUGCUAGAUUCUUCAUUUCAUACCAAAUUUCUGUGUUUUUAUCCCAGUGCUUGUGAUUCUUGUUUUAUUUCUCAUAUUCAA